UCUCAGAUAUAUAUAUAUAUAUAUAUAUAUAUGGAGAACUAUCAGUUGUUAUUUCCAUGUUCAUCCUCAUCUUCUCCGGACCCUUUCUCAUCACCAAACACUAACAGAAGCUGCGGGAGUACAGUGUUCGGCAACAGCACUCACGUAGAGGGCAGCAGCAGCAGCAGUACUGGAAGGAUCAUUAACGCAAAUGGGCUAUUAGGGUUGAACGCAGCAGCAGAGAUUAAUGUUCAGACUAGGGUUACUGAGGUUUCUGAUCAUCAUCAUCAUCAUAAUAUUAUGAACAGUACAGGUGGUGGUGCGUCUGAUCACAACUCUAAAGCUCCACUGAUGAUGAAGAAGAAAGGGCACGAGAAGAAGAUUAGGAAGCCCAGAUAUGCUUUCCAGACAAGGAGCCAAGUUGAUAUUCUCGAUGAUGGGUAUAGAUGGAGGAAGUACGGUCAAAAAGCUGUGAAGAACAACAAAUUCCCAAGGAGCUACUAUCGAUGUACACAUCAAGGAUGUAAUGUCAAAAAACAAGUCCAACGCCUCUCCAAAGAUGAAGGGGUGGCUUAG